GAAGUGACAACCGGAGGCACCAGCCAAUCAAGGCCCAGGGAAUCCAUCCCACUUUCUCUAUCCGACUGACUAAGAAACUUAUGGAUAGGGACAGGGAACUUCUUUCUGACUCUUUACGAAUGGUGGCACUCUAUCGUUGAAUCGUCUUGUUCGGAGCACCUGUUAGCUACUAUCGACGGCCUUGACCGAACCCUCUGGAGUCUUUCAUCUCCACUCUUUCAUCAUGUCCGCAGACCCUCUAGUCCCCGAGACUCGGGUCCUUGCCAUUGCAAGCCAUGUUGUCUAUGGGUAGGUGUCUCCGUUGUUGAGAUUUGGAGAUCCAUUACUCUCCGGAUUUGACAUCACCCCGCAAUGAUUUACUUGGACCGAUCAUGACUCGAGUGCUAAUCUGCGAGGUUAGUUAUGUCGGGAACAAAAUGGCAACACUUGUCAUGCAACUACUAGGCUGCGAUGUUGCCGCGUUGAAUACCGUCCAUUUCAGCAACCACACCGGCUACAGGCAAUUCAAAGGCACGAGGGCAACAGCCGAACAGAUUACUGAGAUCUAUGAGGGCCUAUGCCAGAGCCAUCUAACAGACUUUGACGUCAUGCUGUCCGGCUAUGCGCCCAGCGCCGCAGCCGUCGAGGCUGUAGGAGCUAUCGGCAUGGACCUGCAGCGCAAGGCUGAAAAGAACCCUGGUUCUUUCUUCUGGGUCCUGGACCCAGUAAUGGGCGAUCAGGGCCGCUUAUACGUUAGCAAUGACGUGGUACCGGCCUAUAAGAGGAUCAUCCACCACGCGGACCUGAUUCUCCCCAAUCAGUUCGAAGCCGAAACCCUAUCCGGACUCAAAAUCACCUCCCUCAGCACGCUAGCAGAAGCCAUUACCGCCAUCCACGCAACCUACAACGUCCCCCACAUAAUCAUCACCUCUGUCGACCUGUCCAAAUUCACCCAAUCGUCCUCACCACAAACCACCCCACCAGACAGCCUGACAGUCAUCGGCUCCACAACCCGCUCCGACGGCUCCCCACGUCUCUUCCGCGUCGACGUCCCAGCCCUGGACUGCUACUUCAGCGGCACCGGCGACAUGUUCGCCGCGCUCAUCGUCGCCCGACUCCGAGAAGCUGUCUUCGCUGCGGAGCCCCAACUCCGCGCGACAAAGUCCUGGGUGUCCCCUGACGAUGUCGAGGCUACGGAUCUCCCUCUUGCGCGAGCAACCGUGCAGGUUCUGGCGAGCAUGCACAGCGUGCUCGAGAAGACGAUGGAGGCGCGCGAUGCGGAGAUCCGGGCGGCUGAUACCCGGGGCGAUGAGUUGCUUAGUGAGGAGGAAAGGCUGAAGCGGGAGCAUUUGCGGAAGAGUAAAGCGGCUGAGGUGAGAUUGGUGAGGAAUGUGCAGUAUCUGCGUGAGCCGACGAUGGUAUUUCAGGCGCAGGAGUGGAGGAAAGAGGAUUUACCGGCGGGGAGCCAAUAGAUCAACUUUACUUGUGCUGUCUAUGUAACGUACGAUAGAUAAGAACUAGACGAUAAAUAUGUACGGCUAGCAUACAUACAUACAUACAUAUCUAACCUAUCUAUGGGCGUUAAGUCUAAUGAUUUAAUAGAUUAAAUCAUAUCUUCCGUACCAGUCUAUACCACCCAACAGCACCCCAAAGAUAAAAGAGAGAA